UGUUCCGGAAAUUGAACGUUUUUGCGGGAAGCAGCAGCUGUUUUUAGUGUCCGAUGAAAUGAAGUAAGAUUAUAUCGACAGCUGCCGCUCUCUCCUCAAGAGUUUUAUCCACAUUUUUCAACCACGUUGGAGUUUGUCCGAAGUCAAAGUAGUGACAUUUUUAUGUUGAACGAACGAACUGUGUCAGAAUCACAGUGGAACACUGACUGACUGACCCGCUGCAGUGGAACUCUUCAGACGUUUCUGUUCGAAGUUUCAGGAGUCAAACUGAACCCAGUGACACCAGAUAAGAUGUCUCAUCAGACGGCAGUUUGUUUCGGUGAAGACUCCAACAACUUGUCUGCCAUAGAAAAGGCCAGUUUCCUGGAAGGACUGCAGCAGAAUACUGAGAACCGUCUGCACAGCACCGCCAUAGAGGAAGAACUGACGGUGGUGAAAACAAAGCUGCCUGUGGCUGCAACAAAGAGGAAGAACCGAGAUAAUGAUCCAGGAAACACCAAGAGAGCGAGACCAGCGCCUCAGCAGAAGGUCAAGGCCCGAACUGAGCGCAGAGGGGUCAAAGGUCAGAAGACAAACUCUGACAGGAGCGGUGUGAAGGCGGACGCCAACAGCGUCCUACCAACAAGUCUACGGCCCAGAAGCAGCGGUGUCAGAGUUUUGGCGAGGAAGAAUACGGCUCAGAGCACCAGUACAGGAAGUCCAAACUCAGUGAGAGCCAACAGGAAGUCUGUGAAAAUGAAGAAGAGCCAAUCAGAGGCUCAGGUACAGCUCAGUCCACAGCAGGAGUCUGACGGUGAGCAGCAGAGCCGUCGCAGCGCCCUGUCCUCCAGUGAGGCCGAGGAUGAAGACACCAGCUGGAAACCUCUCCCAGAGAAGGCAAAAGUGCAGAGUUUCGGCCGAGGCGGGAAGACUUGGUCCGUUAGCCCCAAAUCCAGGAAGUCCUCCUCAGGCGGUGGACGUGACCAGGAACAGACGGCGACCAGCGCUGGUACAGGCCGCAGCAGGAGACGCACUGGUCCUCCGGGGACAGACUUGGAGCUGGUACUGGAGGCGUUCCUUCAUCUCUGUGAUCAGUUCAGGGAGUCUGCGGAGUCCAAAUCAAUCAAAGACCUAAUCGAUUUGUUCUCCUCCAAUGUGGAAGAGCAGCUCAUGGAGAAGAUCAUGCUGUUCAAAGACCUCAAGGUUUUAAAAAGAGAGAACACAAAGGUGGCUUCGUUGAUUCGCUCUAAGACACACAGACUGUUGGAGGCCAAGAAUGAGCUGAUGAGACAGGAGAGACGAGUGCUGCUGCUGCAGAAGGAGAAGUCAGAACUGACACUGAAGCUGUCGGAUCUGAGGAGGAGCCACCACUUCCUCUGUGACCUCAGACAGCUGAGCCAGCAGCACGUGGACCAGCAGCACGUGGACCAGCAGCACGUGGACCAGCAGCACUCGGACCAGCAGCACGUGGACCAGCAGCAGCUGGAAGAGACGUACGGAGCGUCCAGUCUAGCUGCUCUGGUUCUGGAGGCCAAACACGUACAGACGACGGAGCAGCAGCUGAGGAGCAUCAACCAGAGGAUGGAGAAGAGACUGGAGCACAGCAGGGACAGGAAGCAAGUGUGACGGACACAGACCAACGCACGCACACACACACACGAGUUUGUUCCAGUUGUUAAGAAGUUUUUGUGUAAGAAUAAAAAAAAAGUCAAACAAAUAAACAGUGAAUGUUCCUCGUGGUCAAACUGAACAGAAGUGAAGAGGUCUGAAGUUCACUGACUGGCCACAGGUGUGAAUGAUGGUGUGAAUGAUGGUGUGAAUGAUGGUGUGAAUGGUUCUGACCCCGACAGGAUGAAGAGGAACAAGUGUUUCAUCAUUUUGACACUGUUUGUUGU